AUUUGGAGAAAUCCUCAGACACAGCCAAUGGCUACUGGUGCUGGCACUCCAUCUUCGACAAGGGGCGAAGGAAAAGGGGCUCCUUUUCGCCUCCCUGAACCAAUCGCGGAGCAAUCGAUCGACAUUUUGUUCAAUUGAUCGCGGAAUCGAGUUUUACGCCGUUCGGUUUGCGGCAGUCGAGGCCGAUUGGUCGAGUAAUUGCCUGAAAGAGCGAUGGAGGAAGUAGAAAAGGAAGCUGCCCUAGUGCCGCCGCCGCCGCCGCCUCCUCCAGCGCGAUCGGUUGUGGAGAGACUGGCGGAGGCGGUGGAGAAUAUUGUGAGGAUCUCUGACUUCAGGAAAGCCUACAAGAAGCAGUUCUGCAACCUCUCGCGGCGGAUCAAGCUGCUGGCGCCGAUGUUCGAGGAGCUCAAAGAGAGCAAGGAGACAAUCAGUAAGCAGGUGCUAUCCUCCAUGGAGAAGCUUGUUCCGGCGCUUGAUUCGGCCAAGGACCUGCUCCGUCUGGGGAGCAGUGGGAGUAAGAUCUUCCUGGUUCUUGAGCGUGAUAGAAUAAUGGAAAGAUUCCAAAAAGUUACAUACCAACUAGCACAAGUUCUGGAUGAAAUUUGUCUUGAUGAGAUUGACAUAUCAGAUGAAGUAAAAGAACAGGUUGAGCUUGUGCAUUCUCAAUUCAAAAGAGCCAAAGAAAGGAUUGAUAGUCCUGAUGCUGAGCUAUACACAGAAUUUUUAAUGGUUUACCAUAUGAGUGCUGAUGCCGAUGUGGACUGUUCCAUUCUACGGAGAUUGGCAGAAAAGUUAGAGUUGAUAAACAUAUCAGAUCUCAAACAAGAGUCCGUUAUAUUGCAUGAGAUGGUUGCAAAUGAUGGUGAUCCUGGAGAAGUCAUUGAAAAGAUGUCAAUGCUGCUGAAAAAGAUAAAGGAUUUUGUGCAGACACAUGAAUCAGAGUCAGUCUCACUCACAAGCAGAGAUAUUCAUGAAACUCCUGUUAUUCCCAAUGACUUCCACUGUCCUAUAUCCUGGGAGCUAAUGGGAGAUCCAGUUAUCAUGUCCACUGGACAGACUUAUGAACGUGGAUACAUUGAAAAAUGGCUGGAAGCAGGGCAUGAUACUUGUCCAAAGACACAACAGAAACUAUCCAACACGUCGUUGACUCCUAAUCAUGUUCUGCGCAGCCUCAUUGUACAGUGGUGUGUGGAAAAUGGUGUGGAUCCACCUGAGCGCCCCAGCAAGCCUCAGUCAGUCUGCUCUGCAGGUGAACAUGCUAAAGUCAUAGAUCUUCUUCGCAAGCUAUCUUCACAGAACCUUGAGGAGCAACGGUCAGCAGCUGGUGAACUGCGCCUUCUUGCUAAGCAAAAUGCUGAUAAUAGGAUCUGCAUAGCUGAGGCAGGUGCCAUACCUCUGCUUGUGAGUUUGCUCUGCACAAACGACGUACGCUUGCAGGAGCAUGCUGUUACUGCAAUUCUGAAUCUCUCUAUUUGUGAAGAAAACAAGGGGAAGAUAAUCAUCUGUGGUGCUGUUCCUGGGAUAGUGCACAUUCUGAAGACAGGCAGUACCGAAGCACGAGAAAAUGCUGCUGCGACGCUUUUCAGCCUCUCGGUGGUGGACCGAAACAAAGUCAUAAUUGGUGAGUCAGGGGCAAUUCCCCCUCUUGUAUUGUUACUAAGUGAGGGAAGCCAAAGGGGCAAGAAGGAUGCUGCUAGAGCACUCUUCAACCUGUGCAUUUACCAGGGUAACAAGGGGAGAGCAAUUCGGGCCGGGGUGAUUCAAGCACUAAUGGCACUCUUGUUAGAUCCUGAAGGAGCUAUGAUGGAUGAGGCACUCGCAAUCAUGGCAAACGUCUCAAGUCAUCCUGAGGGAAAAGCAGCAAUCACUGCAGCUGAAGCGCUUGCAUUACUAGUAAAGGUUAUAAGAAGCGGGUCAACGGGGAACAAGGAGAAUGCAGCUGCUGUCUUGGUCCACCUCUGUAACGGGGAGAAACAGCAGCAACAUUUGGCCGAGUUGCAGGAGCAAGAGAUGAUGGUGCCCUUGCAGGAAAUGCUAGAAAACGGUACCGAUCGAGGCAAGAGGAAGGCUGCACACUUGCUUGAGCGAAUGAGUUGGUUUAUGGAGCAACAGAAGGAGGUGCAAGCUUUAGCUGAGGCUGCAGCUCAAGCACGAACUAGGACACUCAUGGACAUGCUAAGGGAUACAGCUUCAUCAGCUUCAACUGAUACAUAAGUUAAGGUUGAGAUCAAUCGGAUGAUGCAAAGUUCUCGAUUUUUAUGGAGGGUUGCAUCGGUUCUCUCAGAUUUUAUAUUUCAGUAAGUUUCAUGACUUGUUUUUACCAAUUCAGUUAUGAGCUUUCAUCUCUUUCAUUUUUGCUACACAGGUUUAAAGUGUUAGUGGUGUGAUUGGCAGAAUGAAAUGGUAAAUGAUUCAUUCCUCAUGAUUUCAUUCUAUUGUUUAGAUGUUGGUGGAAUGAUUCAUUUCAUUUCAAUUAUUCUAUAGUUUAAAAAUGGAAAACUUCCUGUUAAUGAUAUUUGUUAAGUUGUUAUUUCGAAAUUAAA